CGCCCGCCGCCCGCCGCCCGCGCCGCUCGCAGCCGCAGCCCCCGGGCCCGGGGAUUAUGCUCGAGCCAUGAGGCGGCUGCGGCGCUGGGCGAUCGCGGCGCUGCUGCUGCUGCUGCCGCUGCCGCUGCUCCCCACGCCCGGUCUUGCAGCUCAGGGUCCUGUCGGAGCGCUGCGCUGGCGGGGGUCCCCCCAGUUGGGGAACCCGGACACCCCCGAGGUCACUGAGCCCAGCCGGCUGGUGGGGAAGAGCUCCGGGGGAGAGGUCUGGAAGCAGCAGCUGGACACCAGGGUCCGCCAGGAGCCGCCCGGGGGCCCGCCUGUCCACCUGGCCCAGGUGAGCUUCGUCAUCCCGGCCUUCAACUCCAACUUCACUCUGGACCUGGAGCUCAACCACCACCUCCUCUCCUCCCAGUACGUGGAGCGUCACUUCAGCCGGGAUGGACCCACCCAACACAGCACUGGGGCCAAGGACCAUUGCUACUACCAGGGGAAGCUCCGGGGGAACCCUCACUCCUUUGCCGCACUCUCCACCUGCCAGGGGCUUCAUGGGGUUUUCUCCGAUGGGAAUUUCACCUACACCGUGGAGCCCCGUGUCCUGGUCGAGUCUCAGGAAGUCCCUCAGGGACCCCUCCCACACCUCAUCUACCGGACCCCUCUCCUGCCAGCCCCCUUCAGUUGCAAGGAACCAGGAUGCCUGUUCACUGUCCCUGCCCAGUCCCCUGCAGAACUGCCGAGGCUGCGAAGGAAAAGGCAGACCCGCCGGGCCCAUCCCACCGUGCACAGCGAGACCAAGUACGUGGAGCUCAUCGUCAUCAACGACCACCAGCUGUUUGAGCAGAUGCGUCAGUCAGUGGCCCUCACCAGCAACUUUGCCAAGUCCGUGGUGAACCUGGCAGACGUGAUGUACAAGGAACAGCUCAACACCCGCAUCGUGCUGGUUGCCAUGGAGACGUGGGCAGAUGGGGACAAGAUCCAGGUUCAGGACGACCUUCUGGAGACCCUGGCCCGGCUCAUGGUCUACCGGAGGGAGGGACUUCCUGAGCCCAGCGACGCCACCCACCUCUUCUCGGGCAGAACCUUCCAGAGCUCCAGCAGCGGGGCCGCCUAUGUGGGGGGCAUUUGCUCGCUGUCCAGGGGUGGAGGCGUAAAUGAGUACGACAACAUAGGGGCCAUGGCGGUGACGCUGGCCCAGACGCUGGGGCAGAACCUGGGCAUGAUGUGGAAUAAGCACCGGAGCUCAGCAGGUGACUGCAAGUGUCCGGACAGCUGGCUGGGCUGCAUUAUGGAAGACACUGGGUUCUAUCUGCCCCGUAAGUUCUCUCGCUGCAGCAUCGACGAAUUCAACCAGUUUCUGCAGGAGGGCGGCGGGAGCUGCCUCUUCAACAAGCCCCUCAAGCUCCUGGACCCUCCGGAGUGCGGGAACGGCUUCGUGGAGGCGGGGGAGGAGUGCGACUGCGGCUCAGUGCAGGAAUGCAACCGCGCCGGCGGGAACUGCUGCAAGAAAUGCACCCUGACGCACGACGCCAUGUGCAGCGAUGGGCUCUGCUGCCGCCGCUGCAAGUACGAGCCGCGGGGUGUGUCCUGUCGAGAAGCGGUGAACGAGUGCGACAUCGCAGAGACCUGCACCGGGGACUCGAGCCAGUGCCCCCCGAACCUGCACAAGCUAGACGGGUACUACUGUGAUCACGAACAGGGCCGCUGCUAUGGGGGACGAUGCAAAACCCGGGACCGGCAAUGCCAGGCGCUCUGGGGUCGUGGGGCCGCUGACCGCUUCUGCUACGAGAAGCUGAACGUGGAGGGGACCGAGCGAGGAAACUGUGGGCGCAAGGGGUCAGGCUGGGUCCAAUGCAAUAAACAGGAUGUGCUCUGUGGCUUCCUUCUCUGCGUCAACAUCUCUGGAGCCCCUCGACUGGGAGACCUGGGGGGAGACAUUAGCAGUGUCACCUUCUACCAUCAGGGCAAGGAACUGGACUGCAGGGGUGGCCACGUACAGCUGGCCGACGGUUCUGACCUGAGCUACGUGGAAGAUGGUACAGCCUGUGGGCCCAACAUGCUGUGCUUGGAUCACCGCUGCCUGCCUGCCUCUGCCUUCAACUUCAGCACCUGCCCUGGCAGCGGCGACCGACGUGUCUGCUCCCACCAUGGGGUCUGCAGCAAUGAAGGGAAAUGCAUCUGCCAGCCUGACUGGACGGGCAAGGACUGCAGUGUCCACAACCCCCUGCCCACGCCUCCGCCCACUGGGGAGACGGAACGAUACAAGGGUCCCAGUGGCACCAACAUCAUCAUCGGCUCCAUCGCUGGAGCCGUCCUGGUCGCAGCCAUCGUGCUGGGCGGCACGGGCUGGGGAUUUAAAAACAUCCGCAGAGGAAGGUCUGGAGGGGCCUAAGGGCCACCUCCCUCCCUCUGAGGCUGGCGCCCACCGUCUCCACCCUGAGCUACGAGCUGCCUGCCGUGCCCAGCCACGGAGGGAGGCUCCAAGCAUAUGUCUUCCGGGCCGAGCCCUUCAGCCUUGGCCCUAUUGGGCUGGUGGGGGGGCCAGUGGCCUUCCCUGUCUACACCACCAGGGCGGACUGGGCCUGGAGGUCACUCCUGCCGGUCCCCUACCACGGCUCAUGCGGCCUGGCCUCGCCCACCUGUGUGAAUGUAGCUUCCAUCUCCGCGGAUCCCGCAGCCCAGAGAGAAGGGGCAGCUGCCAGGGGGCCGCCCGAGGAGGCCCCAGGACGGUCCCUGCUCAGAACCAGGCUGUGGGACCUGGGGAAGGGGCUGGCAUCUCCUCACAGAACCUUCAGGGAUGAGUGUCCCUCCCAGUGGCUGGGAUGGGGCAAGAGAGGGCCUGUGUGUUUUGGCUCUUUAGGAGAAAGCACAGGGGAGGCCAGGCCCUGCCCCUCCACCCGGCCUGCUGACUGACCGGAGACAAGGCCGAGUGUCGGUUCAAACCAAAGCUGCCUGCGCCGUGCCCCGGGCCAGGGGCAGGUGACCACAUACAUGUCCACGCUGACCCCCCUGUGGCCUGCCAGGAUGAGGAUGGUGGGGGUCCAGAAGACAGUCCCUGGAAUAAAACGUCACCUUCCCUCUUCAAGAAAGGUGACGCUGGGGCCGACUCAGGGUUUAGGUACCUCUAGUGUGGCCCAGAGCUCCUGGCUGGGUCAUUUUUCCCAGGGAGAAAUGUGGGGCAAAGAGUGUCUUAGAGAGUUAGAGAGAAGCAGAUUGGAUCUUAGGGACGGUCCAAGAUUUCUAGAAAAGUCCCCCAGGCACUGCACCCCUUCCUCAUUCCAGGACCAAGUAGUGGUUUCCCCAUGGAAGCCCCGUCCCCAGAGACAGAAGGGGGCACGCCCUCUGAGUGCCACCCCACCCCUCUCACUAGGGAAGGAGCUCCAGCUGGUGGGACCACCGGGUAGAUGAAAGCCCCAGACCGGAGUUGGGGUUCUGGAUACCCCCAGGACUUUGCAGCUGCUUCAGCCCUUGUCACAGGGGGGGCAGGAUUCCCUGAUGAUCUCACCACCCUCAGGGCAAGCAGAGUCUGAGCCCCAUGGACAGACACGGACAGGUGCCCACUCCUGGGGCUCCUCAGAACAUCAUGGCACUGCCCGAGUGAGGAGUGGGCAGACCACCCCUUGGUCAGCCCAGAUGGAGACUCACGCGGUGGGGUACAAGCAGAGUGCACCCUCCAGGGCCCCGCCCGAGGGCUCCCUGCUGUCUCCCUGUCCCCCUGGCAGGGCCAGAGGCAGGCAGGAACCGGGGGCCCCCAGCAUCCUGUAAAUAUGUCCUGGGCUGGGCCUGGAGCAGGACAGGCGCUUUGAUUAAAGAUCACGUCCUCCAGCUUCCGCGGAGCUAA